GUGGCCAGAGGACAUGGCAGACAACCUUUCUUUUCUGGUCGUGUGGAAAGGUCAUCGUGGCGAGCCGCAAGACUCCGUUUCGCUAUAUAAGCGAUUCUUCACUACAAUUGACAUACCCAGAAGAAUACGUUUUAGCAUGAGUGAUGUCUUACUCCAACCGGGUACGCACACUGAGGAGCGCCUGUUUCAGGCUGUGUGCACGAUUACGCUGCUAGACGGCAGUGCCACCUGUAGCGAGUUGGGCACAAUGUGUUCAAAGAUAGCGCAGCAGUGGUGUUUUCUGGGCAAGAUCGUUCCGUUCAAGGGACAUUUGCAGUGGCUGAUACCGGACCGUGAGCGCGGGUUUUGGCGCGGUUGGGCUCCGCACGAAACAAAUAUACCAAUGGAGUCUCUCUCUUUCGGAACCUUCGCUGGCCUCUCCGUAUUCGCGCAAAGCCACGUAGUUUUUGCCGAUGAUGGCCCUCCAGGUUACACACUGACUUGCGCGUUCAAGCACGAUGAAAAGUUGCUGCAAGUGCUGCUCAUUUUGCGCCACAGUCCUGCAUGCAAGCACCUUUCCAGCACGUUCAAGCUGGAGAUAGCAUACGGCAGCAUUUUUCGGGUUGUUGUGAACGAGAUCGAAAAAGACCAUGACGCCAUAGGCAUCUACCUUCAGCUGGUCACCGUCCCAUUGCUAUAUCGAAGCGCAGAGGAUUCCUGCAGGUGGGACAUGCCCAACGGGAAUGCAGAUGGUGCAUGGUUCAACAGAGUGUUUCAACUGGGAUGCCCGUGUUUUUGGAUGAUGCGCAGCUGCGACAUCGGUGGAAGCUCUGUUGUGAAGUUGAGUCUCAGGAACAAGCUCAAAGCACGACAAGCGGUUAGUCGUCUAACUGCCCGUUGCAAGCGGGAGACAACUUUUCAGUACUCUCCGAUGUUGACGCACAAGAUUGGUUCUCAACUGAAAGAGAUCAGGAAACGGUGCACCACCAAAGUUAAGCCGCGCCUUGGUUUCUCAGCUUGUUAUGCUUUAAGUGCAGUUCUACAGCAAGGAAACAAUGGAUACUCUCAAAUGGCUUUGCUUGCUCGGGACAAGCUGGAAGAGUUCGAAGAGGAAUUGAUUAACUUUGCCCACACUAACAGUCCUGCCCUCGAGGCUGCUCUUUUUGCGAUCCGUAGUGCAAUCGAGGAACACGAAGUUGUGGACAUCGUCCAGUGCCUACCGAAGCUGUUUGCCAAAUUCUGCACCGCUGGGAUUCACCUCCCAAAGACACCCGCUGGAACGCGCUUGGUUCGACGUUCUAUUGUCACUCCGUCCAAGGUUAUUCUGCUUCCUCCCCAACUUCACAACGAGAACAGAAUCCUUCGCAAAUUCGACGCGGAAUACUCGCUACGCGUGUCCUUUCGUGAUGACAAUUUGCAGCACUUAUCUUACUCGCUCAUGUCCGGCUCUUGCCGGCAGUUGGCAAUCGAAAGGGUCGUCACCGACACUCUUCGACAGGGUCUGGUUGUAGGAGACAGGCAGUUCAAGCUUCUGGCUUCCUCUUGCAGCCAGCUGCGGGAUCAUGGUACAUGGUUCUACGCUACGGAUGGCAAGGGCUACUCCACCGACAUGAUCCGCUACUGGAUGGGCGACUUCAGCGGAAUCUCCAACACCGCAAAGAAGAUGGCACGCAUGGGCCAAUGUUUUUCAUCCACAGAAGAAUCCGUGAAAGUUCCCCUCCUCAGCGACUCUGUGCUAGAAGUCCCGGAUAUUUUAGGAGCGAAACAUUCGGUAACAAACGAAGAGUACGUUUUCUCGGAUGGCAUCGGCAUGAUUUCUACACAGCUGCUGAAAGAGGUGCACAAGAAAUUGAAGCUUCUUGAGACACCGUCAGCCAUUCAGAUACGCUACGCCGGGUACAAAGGCAUGCUUUGUCACAAUCCGUUGCUUCCUGGACGCCAGCUGGUUCUACGAAAGAGCAUGCGCAAGUUCAACUGCGUCAACUCCGAGAGCAUUGAAGUGAUCAAAAUUUCGGCUCCUCGUCCAGUAUUUCUCAACCGUCAACUGAUCACACUUCUCGAACAGCUCGGUGUUCCAAGCCGCAUGUUCUUCUGCCUGCAGCAACGCAUGGUAAUGCUUCUCACAGAAGCGCUCGUCUGCGACAGCAGCGCGCUCCAGGUGCUGGACACGUACGUCGGCUCUGCGCUCCCGUUCAACCAGCUCACACGAUAUGGUUUCUCGCUUACUCGGGACCCCUUUGUGCGCUCCAUGCUAUUCGCGGUAUACAGGACAUCCAUGGAGUCCCUGUUGUCCAAGUCCCGCAUUGCUGUGCCGCACAACAUGGGCCGGAACAUGUUCGGCGUGUUGGAUGAGACCAGGACGCUGCAGUAUGGCGAAGUGUUCGUGCAGUACACUUCCCUGGUUCCACAUAGCCGACGUGACGAUGACCCCGUGACUACAGUUCUUACCGGAACGGUGCUGGUGACGAAGUGUCCCUGUCUUCAUCCCGGCGACGUGAGGAAAUUCACUGCAGUCGAUCGGCCCGCACUUCAUCAUGUGAGAGACUGUAUUGUUUUCCCAGCAAAUGGACACCGGCCACAUCCUGACGAAAUGGCAGGCUCUGAUUUGGACGGUGACGAGUAUAUUGUCAUCUGGGACGAGAGUCUGUUCUUCCCGGGGUUCAACAGGGAGCCUAUGGUUUACGGACAAAAGCUUCCACAACAACGAUCAGACCUUAAUCUGGUUGACGGCAUGGCGCAAUUCGUCUCGGACUACAUCCUGAACGACAACGUUGGGGUCAUGUCCAACGCACACCUAGCCCUUGCUGACAAGCUCGACAGCGGAGUGUUCUCAAGGCCAUGUCUUUCUAUAGCAAAAAAAAUCUCGACAUGUCUCGACUUUGCAAAGACUGGUGUACCCGCUCUUUUGGAAAGGAACGAAAGACCCGAAGAGUACCCGGAUUUUAUGGACAAGGGCGGUCACAAGAACACUUACCGUUCGAACAGGGUUCUCGGACACCUGUACAGGUUCCAAAGGUUUCUCGAGUCAGUCGUUAGCUCUAGCUUCAACAGUCACCUCGUUGAUGGCGGUAGCAAUAUCAAACUGCUUGAAUUGGGUGGCUGGAACCGUUACAAGUUCAUCGUAGAGGAGCUUUUUGCUGCCCACGAGUCCGAUAUGGAGCGCAUACUCAAGCAGUAUGGCAUAAAGAGUCAAGCGGAGGUCGUGUCUGGCUUCAUCAACGACGUCUCUGCCUCCAACAAGAGCCACUACGAGAAGAGCAACGUGGAAGUACUCGUCGCGAAACAGUACCGAGCGAUUGUAGAAUCGACAAGGGAGCGAUUCUUCAAAGAAGUUGAUUAUGCUUGCCGCAUGGAAAAUGCGCGGUCGGAAGUAGAUAAAAAGCAGAUUCUUCUGAAGAUGGCAUCCGCGUGCUUUAUGGUUACGUACUGCAAUGCACGUAAGACCUAUUCCAGCUUCCCUUGGUCUUUUGCGGACGUCAUUCUCCUCGUCAUGCAAGAGAGUUCCUCUCGUCAUGAGCAUACGAGCAAGAACCUUCUCGUCUCCCGCCUGGAUGACCAGUUGGUGGCUGCUGCAUCGCAAUUCUCUGCCAAGAGAGUGGCCCUGGAAGUGGUGUUGAAGUGGGCCGAGAAAGAAGACUUGCUACUGCGGACUACAGCCGUGAACUGUGCUCGGAUUUGCAAAAAUUGUUUAGAAGAGCUCUUCUCCAAAAGCACGCUUGCAGAGGAGGCCACGGAUGCUGAAAAAGGACCUGAAAAGCAGCUGCCUUCCGCUGGUCGUUACGUCACUGCCUUUCUGCGUUAUGUCAGCAGUUCCACCAUAGUCUUCCCUGAUUGCGACGCCUGCAGUCAAUCAUCGCAGACCCACACUCUGACAAUGGCUGCACUCAGGACCUACAGUAUGUUGUCAAUCUUGUGCGACCUCUGCCAUCUGGGCCUGCCUUGUGACGCAACUCUCCAUGAACCCGUGCAAGAGAUAAAGGAAGGCAGCUCUGUCCGCAUCAAAGUGUCCAACCCAGCCUUACGCGACAUGCUGCUUCACGGACAAGACGAAGUGGCCGGCCUGCUCUCCUCUUGGUCUGGCGUACAGGAGGUUCACAUCCGGCGUGGCAUCGACCGCGCAGGCGGUCACUACAUCGUCGUAUCCUCUGUCGGCCGUGACUGGCAGCGCUGGUUCCUCGAAGAGUUGCUCCUCCAGCCUUGGCUUGCCCGCGCGAUCUUGAAGCGCAGCCUUGCCGAAUUUAUUCGUGCCUGAUUUUUCUUUUGACGCAGGUGCAAGGCUGCACUUGCACCUCACGCACACAUUUUAACUGACUUUCUCUUUUAAUCUUUUAACAAGCUGACUUUUUAGCGCUGUGCAAUGGUCCCGCGAGAAACUUCUCCAUUGUGGCCUGUAGUGCGGGCACAUAACUUUCUAACUUUUUUCGUUUCACGCAAAGGGAAAGAACAUUGCACCCAUGACUCAAACUAACCAGCGCGUGUCUCUAACAGCUGUUUUAGUUGUACUUGUUUUGUGUACAUGUUAUACGCUUUAAAUAAAGUGACAAAGAAAUGGC